CUUCAUUCUCCAUUUCUCCUCGCUCCCGGAAAACCGUAAACUGCCGCCGCUUUUCUGCACUCAGUCUUCUCCCCAUUCUUCAAAAUUUUAGCCUCGCCGGAACUUCCUCCUUCUGCUUCCGUCAGUAGUCGGCCGCCGCCGCCGCAGUGAUCCCUCAGCUUUCAAUUCAUCCGUCAGAUUAAGGGUCAUCGUAGUAUUUAGCUAAAUGUUGCUUGUCGAUCCUGAGAAGAAGUUAUCUUUCACUCGCACCAUUCAAAAUGGUGAUUUGGUCAUUGUGUAUGAGAAGCACGACAGUAUGAAGGCGGUAAAAGUAAGCGAGAGUUCAGUGCUUCAGAACCGUUUUGGCAUGUUCAAGCACUCGGAUUGGAUUGGGAAGCCCUUUGGUUCCAAGGUGUUCAGCAACAAGGGUGGGUUUGUUCAUUUGCUGGCUCCAACACCUGAAUUGUGGACUCUUGUGUUGAGCCACCGAACCCAGAUUCUCUACAUUGCGGAUAUCUCGCUUGUGAUCAUGUACUUGGAGGUAGUUCCUGGAUGUGUGGUGCUCGAGUCUGGAACGGGUAGUGGUUCUUUGACAACCUCGCUUGCACGUGCUGUUGCUCCAACUGGACAUGUCUUUACAUUUGACUUCCAUGAACAAAGGGCUGCCUCAGCUAGGGAAGAUUUUGAAAAGACAGGAAUCAGCAGCUAUGUCACUGUAGGGGUUAGGGAUAUUCAGGGUCAAGGAUUUCCAGAGGAACAUGUCGGCUCAGUUGAUGCUGUAUUCUUGGAUCUACCACAGCCGUGGCUGGCCAUUCCUUCUGCCGCAAAAAUGUUGAGACAAGAUGGUGUGUUGUGCUCGUUCUCACCCUGCAUAGAGCAAGUGCAGCGCUCUUGUGAAACCCUGAGAUCAAACUUCACUGAUAUAAGGACGUUUGAGAUACUCCUGAGGACGUACGAAGUUCGACAAGGCAAACUGGACAGCUUCGAUGGAGACAAAGGCAUCUCUACUGGUUCUCGUCCUGGGAAGAGGAAGCAGCCUUCCAGUGAUAGAAGCAGUUUGCAGGGGGACAAUGGUGGUAUUCUUGCUCCUGCUCUUCCAGUGAUGGCCAAGCCUUGUUCGGAAGCUAAAGGUCAUACUGGCUAUCUGACAUUUGCCAGACUCAAAUGAUUGGCAUGACUAAUGCUUGUUGUUGAAUUUGGAAGUCCUUUCUUUUCUGGUUAGCCCUUCCACUCUUGCACGAGCCUGAAAGAUCACAGGGAAACAUUAGGGAAUUUUCAGCUCUGUUCUAAAGCUAUGCUAACACAGUGUUCCAGUUAAACAUAGUAGGCUGUGCUGCAGUUGAGUUUGGCCAAAAUAAGUUGUUCUGUGGAUAAGAUAAGAGAACAGUGUUAUCAGGAGAAGUGGAACAGUUUUGUGGGGCAUGCAGGUCUUAUAACUUAUGUGCUACAUUAGUUAGAAUAAGUCAUUUCUCUCUUCAAUGCUGAUCAAUAAUCCACCCAGAAGGUGAUUAUUUCCUUUCUCUGGGAAUCAACAUAGAAGUUGGUAAUUCUCUGCCACGCCUUAAAAGCCGCCUUCCGCUAAAAUUGAUGCGUCUUUGGCUUCGCUUUAGUAGAUGAGUUAAGUGGAUCAGCAAGUGUGAUGCUACACAUUUUGGAAACAACCAUUGUGCUUGGAAUCACUUUGUAGCAGAAAAGAAUAACUAGCUUCUGUUUCUUUCUUUUCAACACUAUAUGCAAUCGGGGAGUUGAAUCAGUUUGCAAACCCAGCUACAACAGAACCUGAUGUACCUAGCUAAGAUUGCUGAUGCUCAGCCACCACCACCACCACAGCCAAAGAGGACGACGACACCGCCACCACCACCAAAAUUCAGAUGGCGUCGAUGCAACAGGAGAGCAGCAGCAACAACAACAACACUACAUGCAGGCAUAACAAGGUCAAAUUGAAUGGCCCCAGCAGCAGCAACAGCAACCAAUGUACCUUCAAGCUCUUCGACAUCCUUUUCAGAUGAACAACCCAAAGCAGCAGCAGCUGCUACAACGCUCUGAUCCAAUGAGCACCAGUAUAUGUCUGGACUUCCACUAAGCUUUUCUGAAAUGUCGCAGUCAAAUGUACUUUGAACAACACCAGAACUUAUCUCCGUCAAUCCCCCUCCCUUUUUAGGCUAAGCCCCAUGCUUGUUGAUUUUGUGAAGCAACUUUGUGUUGGUCAAGUGGCUUUAUUUCCAGAUUCAAAGUUCAAGUACACCCAAGGGAACAGGCUUAGCUAAUCCAUGGACAUCAUAGGCAGAAUUCAUGGGAAUUCAGUAAUAAAAGGCCAUCAAUGAGGAAAUGGUGCUAGGAAAAUGCAACGUUAUGCAAAGGAACCACCCAACGUAUUCCAGUCAUUGUAGCUUUUCUUCACUGUGUAUAUCAAGUCCAGAGAUACUAUUGCAACA